AUGAGCGUGUUGACAGUUGCUGGGACCUCUAUCCCAGAUCCGACAGUCUCCUACCACUACACACCUUCUUCCGCCCCAACCCCAUCUUUCCCUUCUCGCCCCGUCCGGUCGGCGGUAUCGGCGCCUCCGGGCGGUUUUAGUCGACCAGAACGAAAAUCACACAGUGUAUCCGCAAGCCCUCAAGGAGCGCCAGCGCGUACUGUGAGCAAUCAUCAGCAUUCUCGAACCAUCUCCUCAACCACGAUACCUCUCGCUCCAAUUCUUGCUUCUACCUCCUCUCCGUCGCAUCCCAGCACCGGACAUUCCCGCGUACCCUCAUCUUCACACUCCCGCCAAUCUUCCACCUCAAACGCCAUGAGCAUGCAUAGACAAGGGACAGGCGCCUCAACCGCAAAUCUUCCUCGUCGUUCGACCUCGGGUCGCUCGACCUCUACCAACAGCCCUAUCUCAUACGUGGCAUUGAUGCGAAAACAGAAGGCUACCGUGUGGUGCGAUCGAGCUCAAAACAUCGAUCCAAGGAUAGUAGCAGCACAAAAGGCGGCAAAACAACGUGCCGCUCUAGAAGUACAAGGCUACAAUUCAGCAGGACGGACGAGUACAAUCAGUUCAGGUGGAGUAGUUGGUAAGAUCAGACAUGGAGGUGUUCCCAAAGCCCCAGGUUAUGUUCCCGCCAACAUGACCGGAGCUUCAGUCCCGAUACGACUGAGUGCAAACGAAAUGCUCGGAGAUGAGGAAGAAGGCCUCAGUACGGGUGACAACAGUAUGAUGCAUGGUCGAUCCGGGAGCGGCAGAAGCAGCACCAACAGUGCACAAUACCGCAGUGGCUACCCCAGACCUGACGCAGGGCGAUUCAGCAGUACAAGCACCCCCCCGAAUGAAGGCUCAUCGGGUCAAAGCAUCCCAGAAGACCCAGAAACAGGGAAUUCCAAUGCGAACGACAAGAACCACCAUCAUAAUGACCAUGACAAAUCGGCCCCAGCCGACAGUGAGGAAUCAUUCGGUGAAUUGAAGGAAUUGUCAGGGCCAAGUUCAGUGGAACAGGCCAUGGCGCAGGCUAAGAAGGCAGAGGAUCUACGGCGGCGAGGAAGUGUGGAUGAGAGGACAAUGAGUAUGGGCACCGGGGUUAGGCUAUUCGUGGCUAAUCCAGACGUGGAGGAUUAA